CUCAGCAUCUACUUCCCGUACGUACCCAUCACUGUCAUACCUCCGUACUCCUCUCCCGUACAUACCCAUCACUGUCAUACCCCGUACUCCUCUCCCGUACAUACCGAUCACUGUCAUACCUCCGUACUCCUCUCCCUUGUACAUACCGAUCACUGUCAUACCUCCGUACUCCUCUCCUGUACAUACCGAUCACUGUCAUACCUCCGUACUCUCCUCUCCUGUACAUACCCAUCACUGUCAUACCUCCACACUCCUCUCCUGUACAUACCCAUCACUGUCAUACCUCCGUACACUACUCUCCUGUACAUACCCAUCACUGUCAUACCCCGUACUCCUCUCCUGUACAUACCCACUCCUCUCCUGUACAUACCCAUCACUGUCAUACCUCCGUACUCCUCUCCUGUACAUACCCAUCACUGUCAUACCUCCGUACUCCUCUCCUGUACAUACCCAUCACUGUCACCCUCCUACGUACUCUCUCUGUCAUACCCAUCACUGUCAUACCUCCGUACUCCUCUCCUGUACAUACCCAUCACUGUCAUACCUCCGUACUCCUCUCCUGUACAUACCCAUCACUGUCAUACCUCCGUACUCCUCUCCUGUACAUACCCAUCACUGUCAUACCUCCGUACUCCUCUCCUGUACAUACCGAUCACUGUCAUACCUCCGUACUCCUCUCCUGUACAUACCCAACACUGUCAUACCUCCGUACUCCCUCUCCUGUAUGUAUACCCAUCACUGUCAUACCUCCACACUCCUCUCCUGUACAUA